ACUUGGGGUGGUCAGGAGUGAUUGGACGGACGGAAGAUGGUCCACGACCUCGUCUCCCACAGGCGGUGCGCCACGAGUGCCCUUGUGUGCCCCCACCUCGGGGUCUGCCUCUGGCUGUGGCUGGGUGUUGCCGUGGGACUCGGCCAGAGACAAGAGAGCGGCCGCCUGAGGCUGGCGGUGCUGCCUGAGGACCGGCUGCAGAUGAAGUGGUCAGAGCCGGAGGGGAGCAGCCUUGGCUACCUGGUGCAGGUGAAGCCCAUGGCAGGGGACGCGGAGCAGGACGUGAUGCUGACCACGAAGGCCCCCAAGGCCACGGUGGGGGGCCUGAGCCCCUCCAAGGGCUACACCGCGCAGAUCUUCCGGCUUACUGGCUCAGGGACCACCCUGCUGGCGCAGAGGGAGUUUGUGAUAGAGGAGCUGAAGAGGCCCCUGGGGGCAGCCCUGGAGCCCACGCCCUCCCACGUGGGGAGCCCAGCCCCAGAGCCCCCAGUCGCCUCGUCCCCGAGCCAAGACCCGCCCACUCUUGCCAGCCCCCAGUUCCGCUGCACACCCCCUACGCCUGUGGACAUGAUCUUCCUGGUGGACGGGUCCUGGAGUAUCGGCCACAGCCAGUUCCAGCAGGUCAAAGAUUUCCUGGCCAGCGUCAUCGAGCCCUUUGACAUCGGGCCGGAUAAAGUCCAAGUCGGCCUGACUCAGUACAGUGGAGACCCCCAGACUGAGUGGGAUCUCAGCACCUUCGGCGCCAAGGAGGACGUGCUGGCCGCUGUCCGCAGCCUCCGCUACAAAGGGGGAAACACGUUCACAGGCCUGGCCCUGUCACACGUGCUGGAGCAGAACCUGCGGCCGGGGGCGGGUUCCCGUCCAGAGGCGGCCACGGCGGUGAUUCUGGUGACGGACGGCAAGUCCCAAGAUGAUGCCCGUGCCGCUGGCCGUGCCCUCAAGGACCUGGGUGUUGACAUCUUUGCUGUGGGCGUGAAGAACGCGGACGAGGCCGAGUUACAGCUCCUGGCGUCCCGGCCGCUGGACAUCACCGUCCACAAUGUGCAGGACUUUCCCCAGCUGGGCACCUUGGCCGGCUUGCUCAGCCGCCUCAUCUGCCAGAAGGUCCAGGGCAGGAGCAGGGCCCCGGGUGACCCCUCCUCCCCGGACACCCUCUUCACUCCCACCAGCCUGGUCGUGACCCAGGUGACCUCCUCCAGCGUCCACCUGUCCUGGACUCCAGCCCCCCAGCUGCCCCUCAAGUAUCGGAUCGUGUGGCAGCCUUCCAGGGGUGGCGCCCCCAGGGAGGUUGUGGUGGAGGGGCCCGCCUCGUCCACGGAGCUUCACAACCUGACGGCCGGCACGCAGUACUUGGUGUCUGUGCUCCCUGUCCUCCGGGCUGGGUUCGGAGAGGGCCUGAGGCGCCUCGUGACCACAGCGCCUCUCCCUCCGCCCCAGGCGCUGGCCCUGGCCGCAGUGACACCCAGGACCAUCCGCCUCACCUGGCAGCCGUCGGCCGGGGCCACACGGUACCUGGUGCGGUGCCUGUCGGCCUCCGCCAAGGGCCAAGAGGAGGGGAGAGAGGUGCGGGUGGGGCAGCCCGAGGUGCUGCUGGACGGCCUGGAGCCCGGCAGGGACUAUGAUGUCUGGGUACAGAGCCUGCGAGGGGCCGAGGCCAGCGAGGCUCGGGGCAUCCGUGCCAGGACCUCCACCCUCGCGCCCCCCGGACACCUCAGCUUCUCAGAUGUGAGUCACGACUCAGCCCGUGUUUCCUGGGAGGGCGUCUCGAAGCCCGUGCGUCUGUUCAGGAUCAGCUUUGCCUCCAGUGACAGCAGCCAUUCAGGGGAGGUGGAGGCUCCCGGCAACGCCACCUCGGCCACCGUGGGCCCUCUGUCCUCCUCCACUGCAUAUUCUGUCCGCGUCACCUGCCUCUACCCCGGGGGCAGUUCUUCCGUGCUGACCGGCUGCCUGACUACGCGGAAAGUCCCCAGCCCGAGCCAGCUCUCGGUGACAGAGCUCCCUGGGGACGAGGUUCGACUGGAGUGGACGGCCGCAGCGGCUUCCGGCGUCCUUGUGUACCAGAUCAAGUGGACGCCCCUGGGAGACGGGAAGGCCCACGAGAUCUCUGUCCCAGGGCACCGGGACGUGGCAGUCCUGCCUGGCCUGCGAAGCCACUUGGAGUACGAGAUCACCAUCCUGGCCUACUACAGGGACGGGGCCCGCAGCGACCCGGUGUCCCUCCGCUACACCCCCCCGCACCGGAGCCCGCCCUCUGACCUGGCCCUGGCGUCCAAGUCACCCGACAGCCUGCAAGUCAGCUGGACCCCUCCGAGCGGCCACGUCCUCCAUUACCGGCUCACCUACGUGCCAGCCUCGGGCUCGGGGCCCGAGAAGUCGAUCUCUGUUCCAGGACUCAGCAAUCACGUGACGCUCCCCAACCUGCUGGCGGCCAGCAAGUACAGGGUCCUGGUCUCCGCAGUCUAUGGAGCGGGAGAGAGCAGGCCUGUGUCUGCCAUAGGCCACACGGCCUGCCCCGCCCUCAGCCCAGAUGGCUCCCUCUCAGGCUUUGACCUCAUGGCGGCCUUUGGUCUGGUGGAAAAGGAGUAUGCGUCUAUCCGCGGCGUCGCCAUGGAGCCCUCGGCAUUCGGCCGCGCCAGGACCUUCACACUCUUCAAGGAUGCCCAGCUGACGCGCCGGGCCAGUGACGUCCACCUGGCCGCCCUCCCACCGGAACACACGGUUGUCUUCCUCCUGCGUCUGCUGCCCGAGACACCCCGCGAGACCUUUGCGCUGUGGCAGAUGACGGCCGAGCACUCCCAGCCCGUCCUGGGGGUCUUGCUGGAUGCCGGCAGGAAGUCUCUGACCUACUUCAACCACGACCCCAGGGCUACCUUGCAAGAGGUCACCUUUGACCUGCCCGAAGUGAGGAGGAUAUUCUUUGGAAGCUUCCACAAGGUGCAUGUGGCUGUGGGCCGCUCCAAGGUCAGGCUCUAUGUGGACUGCCGGAAGGUGGCUGAGAGGCCCAUGGGGGAGGCAGGCAGCCCACCUGUUACUGGCUUCGUCAUGCUGGGACGGUUGGCCAAGGCCCGUGGGCCCCGGAGCAGUUCAGCCACGUUCCAGCUCCAGACGCUGCAGAUCGUGUGCAAUGACUCCUGGGCGGAGGAAGACAUGUGCUGUGAGCUCCCUGCGUCGAAGGAUGGAGAGAGCUGCCCUGCCUUCUCUUCCUCUUGUGCCUGUUGCUCGCAGACCCCGGGGCCCCCGGGGCCCCAGGGACCUCCGGGCCUCCCCGGAAGGAACGGAGUCCCAGGAGAACGGGGCUUCCCAGGCCCCAGGGGUCCGCCAGGGGUCAAAGGAGAGAAGGGGGACCACGGAGCCCCGGGUUUGCAGGGCCAUCCUGGUCACCAGGGCCCUCCCGGGAAGGUCGGCCUCCAGGGACCUAAGGGAAUGAGGGGUCUGGAGGGGAGUGCUGGCCUGCCUGGACCUCCGGGCCCGAGGGGCUUCCAGGGCACGGCGGGGGCCAGGGGCUCCGGAGGGCAGAGAGGACUCCCGGGGCCUGUGGGGCUCACGGGGCUGCCGGGGCCCAAAGGGGAGCGAGGAGAGAAGGGGGGGCCGCAGUCCCUGGCCACCAUCUACCAGCUCGUGAACCAGGCCUGCGAGUCUGCCAUCCAGACUCACGGGCUGGAGUUCCACCAUGAGAGCGUCAGGGCCCCCAGGCCCAUCUUGCAGGCCCUCGGACACCCCAGCUCUCACGGUGAGGCCUGGCUCCCUGGAAGAGGAGGACGAGACGGCCCCCACCCUGAGGACGGAGGUGAGCCCGGAGCCCUUGGUCAGAGGAGCAGCCCUCGGCUGAAAGGGAGUGAGCCUCCCGGACCCCUGGGGGGAACAGGACGGCCCCCGUGCUGCCCGGAGUGACCCUGCCCCUCCCUGGACCCUGCAGGAGCAGCCUGGAAAGCGAGUCCCGGGAGGGGCCUGGAGGCAGAAGGUGGGGGUGGGGGGCCUUCCCUCUGUACUGUUUCCACACUCAGAUAAAGUACAGCGUGCUCAGC